UACUGUACCGGGACAAUAUCGUUUGUUUCCGGGGAAAAGAAAAAGAAGUCCCCAGUAACAUUGCUCUGUUCCAGUCCUUUUGGAGCUUUUCCCACUUUUCUCUCUCCUUUUCUUCGUUUUCCCACUCAUCUCUCUCUCUCGUACUUGCUUAAUUGCUUUAUCUGAAACCACCUCCGCGUGAUCCUGUCCUUUCUAAGAGAUUCUUGACGCGUUCGAACUUCUGCAAAUCCAUUCCUUAAAAGAGCGAGGAUCAGUUAAUUAUUUUGUAUAUUGAAUUGUUUUUUUCCGAUUUUGUCUCCAAUAAUGAGGGGCCUGGCGGGGCAUGAACGACGAUGGGAUUCAGAUACGAUCACCGGAAACGGAUUCAGCGGUGAUUCUUCACCGGCGACGGAGGAGUAUGUUGAAGUGACUCUUGAUUUCAAGGAUGAUGACACCAUCAUCCUUCGCAGUGUUGAGCCUGCGGGCGCUAUUGAAAUCGAGUCCGGGGUUCAUACACCGGCAACGAUGUCGAGGUCGGGGACGAUGAGGCGAAGUGCGUCUACUCGUAUCUAUCAGUUCUCUCAGGAGUUGAAAGCUGAGGCGGUUUCAAAGGUGAAGCAGUUCUCGCAAAGGUUCUCAUGGGGCCAUAAUAAAUCCUUUUCUGCGUCUCAGAAUGGCGCCGGAUCUGGAUUCGAUUCUGCUCUUGCAGCUAGGGCUAUGCGUCGACAGAGAGCAGAGCUCGAUCGGACUAAAUCUGGAGCUCAUAGAGGUCUUCGAGGACUCCGCUUCAUUAGUAACCGCAAAGGUGUGGAUGGAUGGAAUCAAGUGGAAACCAACUUCGAGAAGAUGGCUAAAGACGGUUUCCUUCAGCGCUCAGAUUUUGGGCAAUGCAUAGGAUUAAAGGAUUCUAAGGAAUUUGCUCUGGAGCUGUUCGAUGCUCUGAGCCGAAGGCGAAGGUUGAAGACCGAUAAAAUCAGUAAGGACGAGCUGUACGAGUUUUGGAACCAAAUCACAGACGAAAGUUUCGAUUCUCGCCUCCAGAUCUUCUUCGACAUGGUUGACAAGAACGAAGAUGGACGAAUCGGAGAAGAAGAGGUGAAGGAGAUUAUCGAACUAAGUGCCUCUGCAAAUAAAUUGUCGAGACUGAAAGAGCAGGCGGAGGAGUACGCAGCUCUAAUCAUGGAGGAAUUGGAUCCAGAAGGGCUUGGCUAUAUUGAGCUGUGGCAACUGGAGACGCUUCUGCUCCAGAAGGACACUUAUCUGAAUUACAGCCAAGCCUUGAGCUACACGAGCCAGGCAUUGAGCCAGAAUCUGCAGGGGCUAAGGAGGAGGAGUCCAAUCCAGAAAUGGCGUACCAAGGCAGGUUACUUCUUGGAGGAGAACUGGAAGAGGAUCUGGUUGUUUGUGGUGUGGAUUGGGGUCAUGGCUGGCCUCUUUGUCUGGAAAUGGAUUCAAUACAAACACAAGGCUGCUUUUCAAGUCAUGGGUUAUUGCCUUCUCUUUGCCAAGGGUGGUGCCGAGACCAUAAAAUUGAACAUGGCCCUUAUCCUGUUUCCGGUUUGCAGAAACACCAUAACAUGGCUGCGAUCCACUUGGCUCUCGAAGAUAUUCCCCUUCGACGACAAUAUCAAUUUUCACAAGUCAAUAGCAGCGGCAAUCGUUAUCGGUAUAAUCCUUCAUGCCGGUGACCAUCUCGCCUGCGAUUUCCCUCGGCUAAUUGCGUCGUCUCCAGAAGCCUACAACAUGUACUUAGCAGGGUACUUCGGUCCGGUUAAGCCCACAUAUAAUCAAAUCAUGUCACAACUAGAGCCCCUGACCGGAGUUAUUAUACUGAUAUUAAUGGCAAUCGCGAUGACACUCGCGACAACUUGGUUCAGACGUAGUAGGCUGCCCAAACCCUUCACCAAGCUGACUGGUUUCAAUGCCUUCUGGUAUUCCCACCACCUAUUCAUCAUCGUCUAUGCUUUACUCAUCGUGCACGGCAUCUAUCUCUACAUGGAAACCGUCUGGUAUCAAAAGACGACAUGGAUGUAUAUAGCCAUUCCAGUAAUUCUAUAUGCAGCUGAGAGGACCCUCAGAUUCUUCAGAUCAGGUUUCUAUGCCGUCCGGCUCAUUAAGGUUGCUCUUUAUCCUGGCAAAGUCCUGACCUUGCAAAUGACCAAGCCUUCCCAAUUCCGUUACAAGAGUGGACAAUACAUGUUCGUCCAGUGCCCAGCUGUUUCUCCAUUCGAGUGGCAUCCAUUUUCAAUUACCUCAUCACCUGGAGAUGAUUACUUGAGCGUCCACAUUAGGCAGUUGGGUGAUUGGACAAAUGAGCUCAGGAGGGUCUUUGAAAAGGUUUGCGAAGCUCCAGCUCCUGCAUCUGGUAAAAGUGGGCUUCUUAGAGCUGACGAAUCCACUAGUAAAACUCUUCCAAAGAUCAUGAUCGAUGGGCCUUACGGAGCUCCUGCUCAGGACUACAAAAAAUAUGAUGUUCUUCUCCUUGCUGGGCAAGGAAUUGGUGCAACACCAUUCAUCAGUAUUUUGAAAGAUUUGCUCAACAACAUAUUUAAAGCAGAGGAUCAGAAAGCGGGCCACGGAAGAUCAGAUCAUCACAAGGCAAUAAGAACUACUAAUGCAUAUUUCUAUUGGGUAACCAGGGAACAAGGUUCCUUUGACUGGUUCAAGGGCGUGAUGAAUGAAGUUGCUGAUUUGGAUGACAGGGGUGUGAUUGAAUUGCACAACUACUUAACAAGUGUGUAUGAGGAAGGAGAUGCUCGUUCCACCCUUAUCACAAUGGUUCAAGCCCUCAACCAUGCCAAGAAUGGAGUAGACAUUGUGUCCGGAACAAAAGUUCGAACCCAUUUCGCAAGGCCUAAAUGGAGGCAGAUCUUCUCUAGAAUCCGUUCAAAGCACCCUAACGCUACCGUUGGGGUCUUCUACUGUGGAGCUGCAGUCUUGGCUAAAGAACUGAAGAAGCUCUGCUUUGAGUUCAACCAGAAAGACUCUACUAGGUUCGAAUUCCAUAUGGAGCACUUCUGAGGUGUCUGGCUUGUGUUGCUUCCUCUCCUUCACUUCCAUCUCCUCCAGCUUUUGUAGAAAGAUACGUGUGAGAAAGAAAAAAAAAAGAAAAAAAAAUGGCAAAAUAAAGCUAAUACAAUAAAGGGUAAAGGUGAAAAUCUUAUUGUCCCGAUAAUGGUGACAAAUCCAUUAUAAACAUGGUUCAUAUUUUGCCACAUGGAAAGAUGAUGUGGAAAAUGUAAUUAUGCAAUUUCAGAGAAAUGGUAUGGUUUAGUCAUCCAAAUUUAAUCAUGUUAUCGUUCAUGUAAUGGUAUACCUUCCUAUGUAUGUCAGUACGCGUGGUUGUAGUUCAUACAAUUUUUUUUACAACCUUUCUAAAUUACAUUAAUAGAUUGUUGUCA